AUGAAAAGAAACUUUGUGUUAAUUUUUUUUAUCAUCUACUAUAACUAUUGUAUAAAUGCUGAUUCCACAGCGGCAAAUCAAACAUCAGCCCCGUACAACACCAUUGUUGGAUAUGCAUCAAGUAACGUUGAAGCGUAUUCGAAUGGAAAUGACAGUUUCAUAUCCGAUGAGUAUUCAUACUUGUAUGGAGUAUUCAUGGGGAUCAAAUGGCAGUGUGUUGAGUACGCACGUCGGUGGCUAUUUCAACGUAAAGGUUGUAGUUUCGCAAGUAUUGAAGGUGCUGCUGAUAUGUGGACGCAAUUAGAUCAAGUACAACGUGUCGAAGAUAAACGAUGUUUUCCACUUCGAAAAUAUCCGAACGGUUCUCCUUCUCGACCUGCAAACGAAUCUUUAUUGAUUUAUAAUCGGUCAGUCGUAUCCAUGCCUUAUGGACAUGUUGCGGUGAUUGUUGAUGUCCUAUCAGAUGUCAUUCGAGUGGCCGAAGAAAAUUGGGACUCUUAUUAUUGGGUGGGUAAUUAUUCACGAGAAAUUCCGUAUGAAUUCGUUAGUGGAGGCUAUUUCAUUCGAGAUAAUUAUCCAAUCCUUGGCUGGAUGUCCAUUGUCGAUGUACAAAAUCAAACAAAACCUUUAGAUCAAAUUUCGAUCGGUAAUAUUUUAAAAUUGAACGGUUCAUCGCCUGAUUUCGUGUGUGAGAAAAGCAAUGCCCAUCAACACAAUGGACUUUUCAUUCUUCUAUAUCUUUGUAUUUCUCUCGUUUUUAAUUUGUAA